AUGCAGAAGAGUCGAAUUUCUUUAGCAUCGAAAGAAGAGAGGAGGAGAAAAAGUGAAGAAAGAAAACAGAUGAAAGAAAGAAUGGAGAAAGAAAUGCAAUUGCUAGAACAACAAAGAAUGUUACUCAUGGAGAAUAGAAAUAGGGAAACUAUCCAACAGAGCAACGAGAUGUUAAACGACAGCGAAGAAGAUGAAUAUGAAGGCGAAUGUGUAGAAGAAGAGGAAAGUGUAGAGCAAGAGAAAUUUGGGUACACUAAGUAUAUGUCCCAAGAACUCAAGGAUAUUGAAGCAGUGUUGUUACAAAAGCAGAAAGAAAGAAAUAAGUUGUGUAGUGAUGGAGACAUUGAUGAGAUUAUGAAAUCAAAUGAAAGGCAGCGGAGACGGUUCUUUAGUGAAAACGGUGUAACAAGAAUGAGUACAGUACCAGAUCUUGGAUCAUUUGAAAAAUACCAGGAUAAUGAAAUAGAAGAAACUGAUUCAGUGUUAGUAGAUACAAGUAUAAAAGGUUACGCAGUAGGAGGUCGAUUUUCAUACGAACAGGACCCUAAACGUGAAGAAAUGGAAAGAAAAAGAGACAUUAUGAUGAAAAUAAGGAAUAAGGAAACAAAAGAAAAAGAAAAGAUAACGUCAGAGAACAUUCUUGAAAAAUUAGGAUUAUUUGAUGAAGAUAUUGAGAAUAGUAUAGCUGAAGAAAUAAAAAAAUGUGAGGAAGAUACUGAAAAGGCGAAGAGACACCUUAGUAGCAUGGUAAAGUUAAAGAAAGAAAGAAAGAUAUUUGAAAGACAAACACGAACACAAGAUGAACGUGAAGGUGCAAACCCAAAAUUACAAAAGUAUGUGACAUUCCCUGAUACACCGGAUAAGAUAAAGAAAGUAAUGAAUGAAAGAUAUAGUAAUAUAAACGAAACAGGUUCAAUAUAUGACAAGAAGUCAACCGAAAUUAAAGACGAGAACCCGUUCCAGAAUACAAGAAGAGAAUUGUAUCAGGAUGAAUUAAAUGACAAUGAAGAAAGUGAGAAUAGGUCAGAGGAAAGAAACAAGGAAAAUAAAAGACCACUUUACAGUGAACCUGCGUAUUCUUCUGAGUACAGAGAAGCAAUGCAGAAAAUGAAAAAUAGGUCAAGAGAGCUUGACGAAAUAAAGAAAGGCCAGGAAUUGGAACUAAGUAAAAUGCUUGAACAAAAGAGACAAUUUAAAAUACAAAGACAGAAGAAACUUGAAGAGGAAGCAGAACUUCAGGAAAGCAUUGAAGAAUUAGAGCUGAAAGAAAAAGAAAUUGAGUUGAAUCAGUUAAAAGCGUCGAAAUUGAAGAUGGAAAUGGAAGCAAUUCGUAAAGAUGAUGAAUGCGUGAAAAAGAACCUGAAAAUCUUAAGAUUGAGACGUUGCGAGCUGCUUGAAAGAAUUCAGCUUAAAAAGACUUCACUUGAGACUGAAACCAAAGAAAAAGUAAAGAAACCGGAACCAAAGAUUGAGAGUGGUAUUUUGAAACAGGAUCAUGUUUUUGUUGGUAAACCUUUCGUUCCAGCAUUCGACGGAAAGAACUUUGAAGAUUGGAAGAUAGAAGUCGAAUGUCUACUAAAGUCAAAGAUGUACCCUGAACCUUUACUUACGCAAGGUAUUCGGGCAUCCUUAAAAGGAAAUACCAGACGAAGCUUACAGUCCUUGAAUCCAUCCGCAACUUCUGCUGAACUACUUGAAAAGUUGGAAGAGGUAUACGGGAGUUUAAAAGAGUCGGAUGCACUCAUGCAGGAUUUUUAUAGCUCGAAGCAGAAUCCGUCUGAGUCAGCUUCUGAUUGGGGUGUUAGAGUAGAAAAUCUAUUCCAAAAAUUGGUUCGAAAAGGAGAAAUAGAUACCAGCCAGCGAAACACAAUACUGAAGAAAAAGUUCUGGAGAGGGUUGUAUCGUGAUAAGCUACGUGAAGCGAUGCGUGUCUCUCAUGAGUCUACAGAUACAUUUGAGAUUCUAAGAAAGAAGACUAGAAAAGAAGAAGAAGAAAUGGAUAGUGAUUCCAAGGUCGUAUCUCAGAAUGAAACAGAACAUUCAUCAAAGGUUCAUCAGCCAAUAAGAACAAUUCAGAAUACGAAAGAGUCAAAACUAGAUACAGUACUCAACAGAAUGGAAGCUCUAGAGAGAGAGAUCCAAGAACUGAGACGUGAUAAAAGCCAAGGAGUUAAAGACAGAGGGGGAUUCUUUCGUGGAAGAUCAAGGUUCAGAGGCGGACGAGGAGAAUAUAGAGGUCGGGGCAGAGAUGGUCGAGAUGAAUCGCAGCGAAGAGAAAAUAAAAGAGAGCCACUAAAAGAGAAAUUGGACAAGCAGCAGCAAGAACUGACAAACCCAGAGAAAUCAGAUAAGAAAGAGCAGUUAAACGAGUAA